GUACAGACUUUCCCGGAGCUGAGCUGGUGCAGCAGGCAGGGCUUUCCCGGAGCCACAGCUGGUUCCUAACCCUUCUGUGGUUUCCAGAGGAUUUUGUGAUUCAGGCGAAGGCGGACUGUUACUUCACCAACGGGACAGACCAGGUGCGCUUCGUGGUCAGGUUCAUCUUCAACCUGGAGGAGUAUUUACAUUUCGACAGUGACCUGGGGAUGUUUGUGGCGCUGACAGAGCUGGGGGAGCCUGAUGCUGAGCAGUGGAACAAACGCUGGGACCUCGUGGAGCAGAGCAGAGCGUCUGUGAACAUGGUCUGCAGGCAGAACUACAAGCUGGGGGCCCCCUUCACCGUGGGGAGGAAUGUGCCUCCGGAGGUGACAGUGAGCCCAGAGAGGACCCCGCUGCUGCAGCAACACAAACUGCUGCUCUGCUCUGUGACAGGCUUCUAUCCCGGGGACAUAAAUGUUAGGUGGUUUCGGAACGGACAGGAGCAGAGGUCUGGGGUCAUGUCCACUGGCCUUGUUAGGAACGGAGACUGGACCUUCCAGAAGACAGUGACGCUGGAAAUGACCCCGGAGCUUGGUGACGUCUACAGCUGCCUGGUGGAGCACCCCAGCCUCCAGAGCCCUGUUUCUGUGGAGUGGGGUGAGCUUUAUUUAGUGUUUUUUUUUUAUUAUUAUUUCUGGGGCUUGACUGAUAGGGAUGGUGUCACUUCUGUGUUCAUCUUGAUUACAAGGUAAGUUCCCCUUAUCUGUGAAUUUUAGGGUCGGGGUGGGAGAGAAUAUGGCUGACAUCCAUCUCCAGAGUGUCCGAGAGACAAGGAGGGCUGUUAACUCAGCACUUGUCUCCUAUUCUGGGACCUAGAAUCCUUUAUCACACUUUGCUUUUGUUGUUAGGGACGCUGUCAUGGGCUCUAAGCCAGGGACGGGGCUGGAGAAGUGGCUCAGUUGGUAAAGUGCUUGUCAUACCAGCUUGAGGACCUGAGGUUGAUCCUCAGGAGCUCUGGUGCCUGCUUGUAGUCCCAGGGCCAGGGAGGUGGAGGCAGGCGGACUCUGGGGCUCAUGGCCUCCCAGCCUAGUCUACUUAGUGAGUCCCAGGCCAAUGAGGGACCCAGUGCAAAAACAACUACAGCAGCGUCAGCAAAGGUGGAUGGAGCUGAGGAUGAG